AUGGCGACGCAGCUCGCGACCCGGGGCCUCCCCCUCGCCUCACGCGGCCCGCCUUCUUGCGCCGCCUCCUGCUCCUCGUGCCCGCCCUCGUCUCCCCAGCUCGGUCGCCGGCCUAGCCGCCGGUUCCGCUGCUCCUCGCCACAGGUCGAUGCAGCGGCGCCGCCGGGGAAGGGCGGCGAGUACCGUCCCUCCUUCGCGGACGACCUCCUCCUCGCCUUCUUCCGGAGCAAGAUGGUGGAGGAGGUUGGAUGGGAUUCCGAAAAGCCUGGGUAUGCUGAGCUAAUGGAGGUAGCAAACCGUCUCAUGGUCAAGGGAAAGAGUGCUUUGGAGACUGAGCAAGCUGCUGUGUUCGUUGAGAAAUGCAAGUAUCUGGAAGAGAGCAAAUGCCUUGGCAUUUGCAUCAACACAUGCAAACUACCAACUCAGACUUUCUUCAAAGAUCACAUGGGCGUUGAUUUGUACAUGGAGCCAAAUUUUGAAGACUAUAGCCGCCAGUUCAACUUCGGGGUGCCGCCUCCACCUCUUGAUACUGACAAAGCCCUCAAGGAACCGUGCUUGGACAUUUGCACAAAUGCGAGGCGGCGCAGAGAGCUAGGAAGAAAUAGUAGCCCAGAUGCGCUCAGUUGCCCCCAAGUUUGA